AUGACUUGCUCUUAUAUAUGGCGCAAGUGGUCUAAAGAUGAGGUGCCUGGUAAGAUGAGCGUUUACUAUGUGAUGAAUCCAAUCACUAGGAAAUGUCUCGAGCUCCCUCCCAUCACUCAACCUCGUGGUUUUUUCAUUCAAGCUGGGUUAAUUUUCAGCUAUGACAACAAUAAUAAUAAUAUUGAUGAUAAGCAACUUAGUUACAGUUUGGUGCUCAUUCCUUAUUUGAGUCACAAGUCAAGAAAAUUCAAGAUACACAUGUUCUCGUCCAACACCAGUGAAUGGAGUGAGUUCGAGCCGUUGUUGCCGGCGCUGGAGGGAUUUGAAUUAUGUCACUUUCCCAGGUCUGCUGUUUCCUAUAAAGGCAUGCUUUUUUGUCCUGGUACUGGUGGCCGUCUUCUCGCGUUUGAUCCGUACAACGCCAGAUCUUGUCGAUUGAUUGAGAAGUCUAUAGAAUAUGAGUCACAUGGAGGAACUGAUUGCGACUAUGAUAAUGAAGGUGGAGGCAACUGGUUCUUGGAGCAUGAAGUGUUUUUCAACCAGUUGGUCUCAAAAUAUGUCCCACUGAAAUUUCCCUUUGUCACAGUACUAGCUUUUCAUCCUAAUGAUGGAGAUAUCUUGUAUUUGGUGAUUGAAAUGAAGGUUGAAUUAUGCAACUUGAGGAGCAAAACAAUGGAAGUCUUUUGUGAUAUUCCUCACGGCUGUGAAGGUUCUUCAACUAUGUCUGGAGAUUGUACACUUCAAUCAAUUCUUGAUGAUAGGGAGCCUAAUGAAGAGGAUGAGAGUUGUGUUACAAUUGCAGAGGAUUAG